CCAAAACCAACAAGGUAUGUUCACAUCCAAAGCACCAGUUUUAUCUUUCUGCAGCUCGACACGGUACGAAAACGAAAAGUAUAAAGAAGGUGCCAGAACGUUUAAUCAACUUCUUCGAAUUAUCACAAGAGGCAAUGAUGUGUCGUCAUUGCUUAUACAAAACUGAUGACGAUUCAGAAUAUGUUAAUUUGCCCAACUAUCUACUGCCAAUAGAAAGGAUUUCGAAAGAGGAUAUAAGAAAAUUUCAAGAUAGGUCAUAUGUAUUACGAAGCGAUAUUAUUUACUCUCAAUUUCAAUUUCAGGAGCUGGAAUUUGCAUAUUAUGAAGUAUGUGCAGAGCUUGACGAAGCGAAGCUAGAGUCGAUUCCUUUCAGCAAGAAAAUUAAGCUGAUGGCGGGGGUGUUAUACACGAGACAGCGUGUAUAUAACGAAAGACCUAUUCUUGAUCCGAAAGAGUUCAAGAAAAUGCUUGAAGAAGCUGAACCGUCAUUAAAAGGUUUUUUUGAUCAAUUGGUAGCUGGAACUAAUCCGCAAGUCAAAAACCAUAUGACUAACGAGAAAAAUGAGAGAAGACUAGUUUCAUUUUGUUAUUUUCUUGCGGGACUUAACAAUAAAUUUAUUAAUGGAAUUAAAGCAGAAGUUGGGCUUUUAUUAGACAGAUCUGGAGCAUCUUCGUCGGCAAUAGAAACUUUAGCUGGUGCGGGUUUGACAAUAAGACGUGAGACCAUUGCAAGACAGAAAGCUCGGCAUGCAGAAGCACAUACGAUGACUGUGGGAAAGUUUUUAGUGAAAAAUAUUAGAAGCUUGGUUGUUCUUAACAUAGACGAUUUUCAUAAUAUUCAUGAAUACCGUCGUAGUGAUACAACAACUACACAUGAAGUCUCUCAUUUUAUUACAAUACUCUUAAAGGCCUUGCCAGAAACGGCUUCUAUUCCAUUUUAUACUUCUAAUCAAGAAGGGGGUGUUUAUAAUGAAAAGGGUAUUGAUGAAAAUAUUAUUAUACCGAAUGCUUACAUAUCUUUCUUUCCUUAUUUAUGGCUUAGUUAUGUAGGACGAAAGCAAGCAUUUACUGAUUUGACAUCUUUGUCAGAGACACAUGAUGAACGAGUUGAGCGUCUUUUAAUCCAUAGCUACGAUGAUAGGAUUGAACAACGCCAGGUCGAUCGAAGUAUGGACAACACGAAACUAGUUGAUUUAAAAGAAGGAUCUCUUCGGUCGACUAAUAAUUACGUAGAUGCCAUUAAACAUUUAAUGGAUGUUCCCGAAGUAAGAACAUAUGUGGAAACGCAAAUAUUAGUGGCACCUAUGGAUUACCCUGGACAACUUCAUGUACGGCGUGCCAUUAACUAUCGGAUCAAAGUCGGAGAUCUUUCUAGAAUACUGGAACAAAUUCUGCAUAUCGUUCCAAUGAUUGGACCUUUGCAUGUAUCCUUAAAUAGUCGUGAAACUGUGUUUCUUGAAAAUUAUACAUUUUUUGACAAGCUCUUUCAUGCGGUAUUCGGACAUCAAAAGGUAUUGGCGAAGAAGCCAAAACCUUACAAAAUUAACUUGUUACUUGAACUUGCAUCCCAAGGUUGGUCUCGAAUGCGUUUAAUUACCUUGCAGAAAUUUGAACAGUCCAAAGAUCCAGAAGUCCGAUAUCUUAUCAAUUUGCUAGACAAUAUCAUCCCGUUGGUUUUAGAUUUCUAUCCCAUCAUAUUUCGUAGUGGAAAUUGGAUGGCAUACAAAGAGGCAAUAUUUCGUGUUUGGACUAUUUUUUUUCAAUAUAAGCGUAGACACUAUAACAAAUUGCCAUUGGCAUUUUUAAGUGAUGUUUUUUACUGGGCCAGUACUAAUCAUCCGAUUUCACAAGCUCUUGUGGAUUUUCUUCACGUUUUUAACGAUUAUUACGUGGAAAACUUUCACAGCUCACUUCGACGGCAAAUACAAGAAUCAAAUCCAGCGAAACAGAUUAUUCAACAGGCACGGAUAAUCGAUCAGAUGCGUGGUGGCAACUCUUUCACGAGCGUAUUUGCUGAGAAUCACAACAUUAGAUAUUCAGCAAAACAGCUAGAAUAUCUUGAAAAACGGACUGCGCUUUUCCUAUUAAAUUUCUUUACAGGUGUCUAUCGGAAUCUUGGCAGAUCAAAGGUUAUUUCAUCCGACGUACAUUCAAAACCCAAAAUAUAUGAACUUCCAACACUUGAAGCUCAAGUCGAUGUUAAAAUAUUGGCGAUGGCUUGGAAUACGGCACACCCUCCCCGAGAAGAUAGGUAUUGUGACUUGGCGGACUGCAUAUAUUCAUACGAGGUAGGGAGUCAAUGCCAAUAUUGCACUGAUUAUCUUGUGAGCGAAAUUGAAACAAAUUGCAAGAAUUAUCAGAAGACUCUGACUUCAUUUGACAAGAUGAUCACGGAUGAGGGUAGAAAUGAAUCGGAUAUUACUGAAACCGUUGAUAAUACUAUCAUUCGUGAAGAUUUUUCUUUAGAUGAUAAUAUAGAUAUAUUUUUCGAAAGGGCC